AUGAUGGGCUAUUCGAUGUACGGCAUGGGUGCGUCUAUGGCGUUUAACAACCUCAUGUUUGGAAUUUAUUUCCAUGAUCAUUACAACCAUUCGAUUCGCCAUAGUUACAUGUGGCACUACCACCAUCAGAGUUAUGACCGAUCGCAUUGGGAUGCCAAAAAGCAGGCGGAGUACGACCACUAUAAAGAGUACUACGAGAAUCAAGGCAUUGAGUCGAACCCGAAUUACGUCGAUCCGGGGACUAAUCCGGAUGAAAACUAUGUGGCAAGUUAUGUUGAGGAAAAUCCGGAUAAAUUUUAUGGCGAAGGUGCCGAAGUUUUCACUGUUGAUGAGCUUCCUGAUGAGGAGGCACUGAAGGUGGAACUCCUUGCCGCUGCCGAGGAAACACCCACGGUAACUACACCGGCGACCACAACAAGUACAACGCGCGCUCCACCUGCCACACGAACCGUUGUUGUCCAGAAGAGGACAUCGGGGGGAACUUGGUUCCUGCUUAUUUUCGGAGGUAUCCUCGUUGUUGGCGUGGUUAUGUUAGUAAUGUAUAACAAGGGUUAUUUUUAG